CGAUGAGAAUUGUUGAGGGGACUAUGCUGGUAUUUUGCUUGAGACCUUUUUUAUUUUAACGGUCAUUACACUACAAGUUACAUAUAAUUACAUCUGUCAAAUUUUUAUUAGAAAAUUUGUCGAUAAAUAUAUAGCAAAUUCGAUCCAAUGUUGAUGAAGCUUUCAGGCCUUGUUCGGAAUGAUCCGAACCCAGCCUUUCCUAUAGGCGAAUGUGCCGGGGCACAACAAGCAAGGCCUUACAGUUCAGCUGAUUUUUUUAAAAACUUACCUUCAAUAAACAAAUAGGCCGAAUUUUUUGAAUUGUGGAUGCAUCUUUACAUUUCGGAAUCAAGGUAAUGAUACCAUAGUUUAACCUUGCAAUAUCAAUUCUACCAUCAUGGAAGUCAUCAAUUAAUUAUUUCAAAUCAGAUCUAAUGAUUUCCCACAAAAUUUUAUAGAAUUCAAUGGGGGGAAAUCCCAAUUCGUUUUGCUUUUACCAACAAGAUGGGAUAAUCCUUAGGAUUUCCUUUCUCCAAAUUCAUGGAUAUUGGAGCUCGUUCACUGCUGUUCUAUGCUUCUAGACGUAGGAGAAAACAACCAAAAAAAACUGACCUUACAAGACGUUCACUCCGAUGACACGUUACACUCUUCACCCUCAUUUCUGUCGCCCCAACACUUGUAUCUACCAACCUUCCAAAAUCACGAAGCUGUUAGUCCCAUGCAAUAACAUCACAAAGCCACUUUAUAUGCGUAAGCAUUUGCACACAAGCUAGAGACACUCACCCACUGCUCGCCAUGGCGCACCGGCACGUCGGCGACCUGGAGGCGGCGGCGUACGGCGGCGGCCGGUUCGGGUUCACCGGCGGCCUGGAGUUCACCGGGCUGACGUACACGGUGACCAAGAAGCAGCGCGGCGCCGGCGGCGAGUGGGAGAAGAAGGAGGUGGACCUGCUGCACGAGGUCACCGGGUACGCCCCCAAGGGCUGCGUCACCGCCGUGAUGGGCCCCAGCGGCGCCGGCAAGUCGACGCUCCUCGACGCGCUCGCCGGCCGCAUCGCCGCCCGCCUCGGCGGCCGCGUCGCGCUCGACGGCGUGGAGGUGAGCCCCGGCCUCGUCAAGCGCUGCUCCGCCUACGUCAUGCAGGACGACCGCCUCUUCCCCAUGCUCACCGUCCGCGAGACCCUCAUGUUCGCCGCCGACCUCCGCCUCGGCGCCUCCGUCCCCGCCGCCGACAAGCGCCGCCGCGUCGACGCCCUCAUCGACCAGCUCGGCCUCGCGGCGUCCGGGAACACGUACAUCGGCGACGAGGGGACCCGGGGCGUGUCCGGCGGCGAGCGGCGGCGUGUGUCGAUCGGCGUGGACAUCAUCCAUGGCCCCGCGCUGCUGUUCCUCGACGAGCCGACGUCCGGUCUGGACUCCACGAGCGCGCACAGCGUGGUCGAGAAGGUGCGCGACAUCGCCUGCGCCGGGAGCACCGUCGUGCUCACCAUCCACCAGCCGUCGUCGCGCAUCCUGCAGCUGCUCGACCACCUCGUCAUUCUCGCGCGUGGGCAGCUCAUGUACAGCGGCGCGCCACGGGAGGUCGCCGCCCACCUCGGCCGCAUGGGCCGCCGCGUUCCCAAGGGGGAGAGCUCCAUCGAACACCUCCUCGACGUCAUCCAGGAGUACGACCAGUCCGAGUUCGGCGUCGCCGCCCUCGCCGAGUUCUGCCUCACCGGCCUCAAGCCGCCCAAGCUCGCCGCCGACGGCAUCUCCACCGUCUCCAGCAUCCCUCCGACGCCACUCCUCGCCGGCGAGGAGGACUUCGACCAUAGCCUCCGGAGCCAGCACUCCAGGUCGCCAUGGAGCGCCGCUGCCGCCGCCGCCGCGACCCAGUUCACGCCGUCCCGCCGCCCCAAGAAGGACCACCCGGAGAUCGUGAUGGGCACGCCGACGCCACUGAGCAUGAGCGCGUACACGCUGAGCGAGGGCGACUACCGCACGCCGCCACCACCACGCCACGCCGCCGCCGUCACCACCCUCGGCGGCCACCGCGGCAAGUUCGCAAACACCUACGGCGGCGAGGUGUGGGUGCUGAUGCGGCGCAACUUCACCAACAUCUGGCGCACGCCGGAGCUGUUCCUGUCGCGGCUGAUGGUGCUCGUCGCCAUGGGCGUCCUCAUGGCGACCAUGUUCACCAAGCCGAGGGACGACGACCAGGGGGUGACGGAGAGGCUGAGCUUCUUCGUCUUCACCGUGUGCGUCCUCUUCUUCUCCUCCAACGACGCCGUGCCGGCGUUCAUCCAGGAGAGGUUCAUCUUCAUCAGGGAGACGUCGCACAACGCGUACCGCGCCUCGGCCUACGUCGUCGCCGGCGUCGUCACAUACCUCCCGUUCCUCCUCCUCCAGUCCGCCGCCUACGCCGCCAUCGUCUGGUUCGCCCUCCGCCUCCACGGCCAGUUCCUCUACUUCCUCGUCAUGGUCUACGCCUCCCUCCUCUCCACCAACUCCUUCGUCGUCUUCAUCAGCUCCGUCGUCCCCAACUUCAUCCUUGGGUAUGCGGCGGUGAUCGCAUUCACGGCGCUAUUCUUCCUCUUCUGCGGCUACUUCCUGGACAGCCACAGCAUCCCGGUGGGGUGGAAGUGGAUGAACACUAUUUCCACGAUGAAGUACCCUUACGAGGGGCUCCUGAUGAACGAGUUCCAGGGAGGGAGGGUGUUCUCGUCGCACCCGCCGCCGGCGCCGCCGCUCACCGGCGAUGUCAUCCUCGAGCACCUGAAGAUCAGCACGGCGGAGGAUCGCAAGUGGUGGAUGGUGCUGUACCUCAUGGGAUGGGCCGUCUUCUACCGUGUCCUCUUCUACCUCGUCCUCCGCUUCGCCUCCAAGAACAAGAGGAAGUGAUGAUGAUGCCCAUGGAGGCUAUGCAAUGCAAGUGGAGGUGAUUAUAUUUAGUCGAUUACAAAACUAAACUGGAUAUAGGACGCACUUCAAAUUUGGUUAAUGAAUGUUUUAAAAUUUUAAUUUAUGUUUGGAUAGAUCGGGAGCAUCCCCCAAGACUUGAUUAACCACGAGAUUUGAGCUGAGGAUGUUGUGAAUUUGUUCUUAUAAGUUUUGGAAAUAUUUUACCCUUACUCAGAGUGUGCUUUUUCAGCUAAUGGAUUACUCGUUUGUGC